AUGCAAGGCUUCAUCACCGCCAUCAACAAACGCGACUUCGAUGUCAAUAGCGCGGCGUGGUCGCAUGCUUCUCCUGAGUUCACCGGUGAAGUCGAGCGGCCACCUGGAGACUCGGACUUGACCCCACCUGGGAUGAUGCCGCUACAAGAUCAUCUUGCCAUGUUCCUGUUCAUGGCGCAAAUGUACCCGGACUACUUCAUCAAGAUCUUCGACCUCACUACCGAGGUUGAUGAGAAGGCUGGCACGGCCACCAUGUUCUGGAACGGCGAAACGCACGGGGUGCCUACGGGUGUGGUCAUGCCCAGCGUCGGCAUCUGCGACUUCAAACGUUAUGGCCAGAAGUGGAUGUGUAUCAGUUUCAAGGGUGCUCGCGGCAUGGGUGACGGCAUACCAGAGGAGCCAAUGAUGUGA